ACCUACACCUCUCUCCAGCAAGCUAAGCUAAGCGCACGAAAGCUAGGCAGAGGUAGAAGAAGAAGAAGCUAGAGCUGCUAGUCGUCAGUGGGGCGAUGGGGCGGUCGCCGUGCUGCGACGGGAAGGCCGGCGUGAUCGUGAAGAAGGGGCCGUGGACGCCCGAGGAGGACAAGCUUCUGGUCGACUACAUCCAGGAGAAGGGCCAGGGCAGCUGGCGCCGCCUGCCCAAGCUCGCCGGCCUCAACCGCUGCGGCAAGAGCUGCCGCCUCCGCUGGACCAACUACCUCCGCCCCGACAUCAAGCGCGGACGCUUCACCGACGACGAGGAGAAGCUCAUCAUCCACCUCCACUCCCUCCUCGGAAACAAGUGGUCGUCGAUCGCUACCAAGUUGCCGGGGAGGACGGAUAACGAGAUCAAGAAUUACUGGAAUACACACCUGCGCAAGAAGCUCCUCGGCAUGGGCAUCGACCCCGUCACGCACCGCCCGCGCACCGACCUCAGCCUGCUCGCCGGACUCCCGGGCCUCCUCGCGGCAGCCGGUAACUUCGGCGGCUCCGGCGAGGCCACGGGGGGCUGGGACAUGAGCGCGCUCAAGCUCCAUGUCGACGCCGCCAGGUUCCAACUGCUGCAGGGCCUCGUGUGCGCGCUCACCACCGCGGCGGCUCCCUCGCCCGCGCCCGGCAUGAACAACCUCACGGCGCUCCUCGCCGUCGGUAACGGCGGGCAGCACGGCGGAUUCGACCAGAAUAUGCUGCUCCAGCAGUGCCAGUGGGACGACAUGAACGACCUGCCGGCGCUGACCAGCUCAGCGCCGACGAGCAGCAUGUUCGACGGCAUCAGCACCGGCGACGGGCUGAGCUCAACAGAGCUUAGGGGCCACGGGGGUGCGACCGGGAGAAACUUGAUCGUCGACCCAAUGGUGGCCGGCGACCAGGAGUGCAACAACAAUGGCUGCAGCGGCGGCGGCGUGGUGCUGUGCGAGGAGACUCCGGCGUCAAGCCCUUAUUUCGAGGGGCUAGAGAGCCUGAACCUGAUGGACGGUGGUUGGAAGGAUUUGCUAGAGCAAAUGCCAUGGCUGAAUUCAAGUGAGCUGUGAUGGAUAGAUAGAAGAGAUAUGAUCAAGAGUGCCAAAAAAUAGUCAGGAAAGAGAUUGAGAGUACUAAUUGUUGGAUGGAUGCACAUUUUGGUCGACCAAUACCGAAGAUGUGAAGUUUGUGUGUUGAUAGGGGAAAAAGGAGGUUGAGUCCACACUUUC